UAGCCUAGCGCCAUUAAUGGCAGCCAUUGUAUAUCGUGCGCCCUUCAGGGUUGCCAUUCCGCCCGUUUCCUCGUAAGCAGUGCGAUUCUAAUUAAUAAAGGUAUGCUCUCUAAUAAGAGCAGUCCUGUUCCCGUCGCACGUCUUGCCGAAUUGUCGCCGAGCGUUCCGAGGAUAAUCCAGAGUAACCGAAACACGACAUUUUCUACUGUGAUACGUAGGGAAAGAACAGUUACGUGAUUCUCAUGAUACAGUUAUACCAAUGUGUAUUAUUCACGUUCGGAAGAUAUCAAGCGAGACAUUAUGCCGAACGAUCGUGGCCCGAGAGAGACGAACGGUGGUUGUUCGGAGCGUCCAGAGACAAGAUUUCGAUGUGAACGAGAGAUGUCAAGGAGUCGUGUCUCGUGAUAUCGGAAUAGUAAAUGCGAACUAUCGCACGGAGACAGCCGUAGACCAGUUCCGUGCGAAAGGAUGCUGUUAUUCUUUAGUUUGAGAUUUCAACGGUCAUCGAAAGUGUCGCCCUUCGAGCGAGUAUCUCGUUCGGACAACUGUCAAGGCUGGCACAGGUACAAACUGUCGAAAAAAUUCCUCAUAGGAUUUCCCGUCUCCGUGUGACACGUCUCUUUGUGGGUGUAUCGUUAGGGAGUGACGUUCUCUGCCCGGCAAGUAAACUCUCUCGCGAAACCGAGCGAACGUAUUCCGUUGCUCGAGCGUUCCGUCGUUAAGGGUCCAUUUCUCGCAAUGCGGAAUUAUAGAGCGCGCUGCAAAACUCGGAGCAAAAAGGAAGUGUCAGUUCUAACGUAACUGCGACAUUGUGCGAGAAUCCGGAGAGACAGAGAGAGAUAGGCGAAGCGCGCGCGCGCUCGCGACAGAGAGACGGAAAGAGAGCAACAAAGAGAGAGAGAGAGAGAGAGAGAGACUUAUUCCGCCUCUCUGCGUGCACGUAGGCAUGCAUUAAUACCGUUCGGGAUAUCUCAUAGACUUUCGUCGGGCUGUUGUGUUGCUGCUGUUACUAUUGUUGCUGGCGUUGCUGCUACUCCCAUCGCUGGCCCUGGGGACGCAGGAUCGUGCGUGGACCGAAAGAUCAAUGCGAACGACGAUUAUCAGCAGUGUAAUGUUUUAUCAGGUGGCGACCUGUCGUGAGCGAACAAUCUAUUCUCUGGUAAGGAAUGGAAGAUUACACGGUGAACGAUAUACAGAAAACAAGAUGGACGAGUACGACAAGAAGUUCGCCGAGAUGCAAAAAUAUAUUCCGUUUUUGGAAGCGAUGAUAGAGAGGUUGCAAAACGUGAAGGACAAGUCGCGGGAGGUUCAGCUGCAGAAAAUGCAAAGCCUUCACGGGAUUUUGUCGAACAGCAAGAGAAAACUGAAGAUCGAGACGCUGCAGCGAUGCGAAGACGUUCUACAGAAGUUACACAACAAAGUAGAGAAGUUUCAGGGAAAUACUCCUGGAUUGCAUUUUCCGAACAAGAAGAAUGCCGGCGGCUCUGCGCAUACCUCGACCGGAGGGGAGGCUUCAAGCGGCGAACAAAACAAAAUGAUGAACGACAGGUCCCAGUCGCACAGGGAUGCGAUGGAGGAGCAAGAAGUCCACGAGACGCCUGCCAGCCCGAGUCCUCCCGUCAGUCCCGACUCCGGCUCUCAAGUUGCGCCGAUAAUAAUCCCCACUGAGCGGAGCGUGGACUUCAUCGACGAUAGCAAACCCGCCAGUCCCGACCCGAUCGAAACGCUACCGACUAAAUCUCCCAUCAUCAUACCCACGGAACGGACGGGCAACGAUCACCUCGGAUUGUCCCCUAACUCCUGUCAGCGCGGCUCGAUGAAGAGCGCGCUCGGCAGCGACGACGUUUCGUUCUCCGAGUGGGACAUGCUGGAGGAGAACGAGAGUCAGCACGCGCGGAACAAAAGUUGGGCGUCCGUGGUCACUUCCGCCCACGACGUGAGCACCGCCAUCAAAAUGGUGGGGAGCAAUCUGCCCCAGAAAUCGAACGACGGAAGAAGCCACGCGUCCAUGAUGCAUUCCUCUCGACACAUACCGACGGUCCCGGUCCCAUCUCUCGGUGGUUCCAGGCGACUCACGUCGAUGCUAGAGAAGAAUCGGUUGCUCAACCUGGAUAUCCAGGUGGACACGAGGCCGGACUCGCCGGUGAACGUGCCGGACGUCAGGCUGAAGUCUCCGGAUCCGGACAUCUUGUUUCCGAAACGCAAGAUCACGUCGCCGAGGCUAAAGGAGCAGGUGGCGCGGCCCGUCUCGAAACCGCCGGCGCCGUUGCUUUCUCCGCCGCCGAUCUCGAACAAACCCCCGCUGUCGAUGGAGGACCUGGCGGAAUUGUUGAGCGAGGAGAGCGACGGUAAAACGGAGAGGAAGCGCGAUAAGUCCAAGGAAGAGGUAACAUUCAAAAAGGAUUUAAGUAAACACGAGUUAGGCACGGCCGCUAGGGAGGCGAAGGUAUGUAAGCAUUUCUUACUGACGCAGGAGGACAUCGAUAGCGAGAGCGAGAGACGUUGGGAGGAGGUAGACAAACACAUAGUCAAGUUGACCACCAGGAAGUGUCUGCCGAGCGUUCCCGCCAACGCAAAGAUCGACGCUGUGAAGUCGAGCGAGAUGAAGGGAGCGUCGACUAGUAGUUUAAUGCACAACGUGCAAGAAAAGCCGAUCGACAAUAGGAGUAGAGCUCCCUCUCCGUCUGGCACGAAGACGGAGCUCCGUUACGCCGACAAUUACGAAAGGCACCCGCGUCAGAUGCGCGACAAUCACGGUAUCGAUAAAGACAAGGGGAACAUGCACCCGCAUUGCAGGCCCGACGAUGAUAUGCCCGGUCAGAUCCCGGUGCACCAUGCCGGUCCGACGAAGCCCGACGAGAGGAACCCUCUGAUGUAUCAGAGGCGACCGAACAUCGUCAGCCCGGAAAUGGUCCCGCCUAGGAUAGACACAGAGUUUAGAAUCGAGGGUCCGGAGUAUUUCAACAGACAGCUGCCCAACCAGUCCCACUGGCCUCCUCCUCCGCCUCCGCCUCCACCCCCUCCCCCUCCGCCGAUGCACGUUCCGAUGAACGCGAACGAAUUCUGCAACAACCAAUGGCCCCCGUCUUCCAACUUCAACGGUGUGCCGAACUCGCCCGCGCAAAACUAUCCGCACUCCAUGGGGAUGCACCAGGACAUGUGGAACGUGGGGUCGAGCAGAGACUCGAUUCACGUGGACCCGCAUCAGGUGAACGAGGGACCGUUGAGGCCCACUCAGUUCCCGGCCAACAUGAAUCCCGGUAUCAGGCCGAUGAUGAGUCCGAACACGAACCACAUACCCCGACCGGAGGACAUGUCCAACGUGGACGUGCCGAACGUGCCAACGAUACAGCCGAUGAUUUCCCCUACGAGAUUCCCGAUCGGGCCCCAGUACAGGAACUUCCAAGGCGAGAACAGACCGUACGAACCGCCGUUCGACAGAGGAAUGGAGUACUCGCAUCCGAGACCGCCCUGGGACCCUCAGACCUCGCGGGCGAACGACGCACCGUACAGGCCGGACAACGAAGGUUCGUGUGGCCCGAAGGGACCUCCGGACGCCUCGGGACCGUAUUCCAGGCCGAGCACGCCCUGUCCUUGGAACAGGGACAGGGAUCGCGGCGGAGGAAGAGGUCGCAGGGGUCGCAACAAUUUCAACCGCGAUGCGCGGAGAACGGAAUGGGCCAGAGACAGUCACAAUGAGUGGGACAACUGCAAUCGGUUCUCCCGAGACACUAGGAACAUCUCCGAACGGGACCCUAGAGUACGAGUGGAGCACAGCUCGAUCAACCAAAGCCCGAGCCAGUCGAGAGAUAACGCUGCAUCCGUCAGGGACCCGCGUUUGGCCAAAGACAAACAUUUCACCCCUGCCAAAACCAACAAAGAUGUCGGCUUCAUCGAAAGAGACCCCAGGAAACGGUCCACCGCGCAGCCGUUUUCGCCGGGGUUCAGGAAAGCCAAGGAGAAAACCAAGUCGCCGCCUAAACCGGCCGAGCCCCAUCGACGCUCGGAUUCGGAGGUCAGUCCCAAGACGCAGGAGAAGCUGUCCAAAGACAAGAUGCAGUCUCCCUUGGAAAGUCUCUACGGAGUGAUCGACACGAAGGCGAAGUCGGUGCAAGGUAGUCUGCAGAACUUCAAGAUACCGAAGAUCAAGCGCAACGAGUCGUCGGAGUCGCCCACGUCCAGUCAUAUUCCGGACGAGACCAAGAUACCGGACGUCUUCGUCGACAGACGGGACGGAAAGGCCAAGAGCGAAAAGGAGAAGGACGACACUGCCGGUGAGGUGAGCAGUAGCAGCGAUGGCAACAUCCUACUGGAGGAGGAUUGGAACGGUGGCGUCGUUGAGAAGAAGGAGGAUCCGAAGGACGAUCCGAAGGAGGAGCCGAAGGAGGAGCCGAAGGAGGACCCGAAGGAGGAGACCGUCUCGGUCCUCCAACCCGUCGAGGAGGGUAACGAUCCGAACCAAGGCGAGCCGGACUCUAUCACCACCACUUCCGCUAAACCUUCCGGUAACGCUGAGAAAGCGAAGAAGGACGAGGCGGAACUGGAAGGGUCGAAGCCGAAGGAAGAGGUGACUCAAGAGUGGAUCGAAGCUUUGAUUAGGAAGUCCUUCGAGUUCGGCGAGGGGAAGAAGUUCGUGGAGCAAGCCAAGUUUAUGCAGCGGCUGGGGGAAGUGUUCCAAGCGAAGAAGCUGAAGAAGAUCAAGAAGAUCAUCGAGUCCGAGUCUGAGAGCAGCAGCUCGGACAAAGAGGACACUCUAGAGACUAAGAAGCCACACGUGAAGAAGAAACGACGAGUGAUCGUCUCGGAUAGCUCGGACGAGGAAACCCUGGCCGACAGGUUAGGCAUUUUGAGCACGCCUAAGAAAGAAUCGGUUGAAAACCCUUCGGACGAUGAUCUGAAGUCCAACCUGAACAAAGAUGCAGAGGAACCGUCUGUCGCUGCUGAAUCUUCGAAACUGAAAACGGCUGAUGAGGACAUCAAGCAGGACAGUGCGAUUGAACAGGAUAUCCCUGAAGAUAAGGCGAAGGACAAAGAGCAAGAGGUUCCAAGCGUAGAGAAAACAGAAUCGAAGGAGGAGACUAAAGAGGAGCCGAAGAGCGAAGAGUCGGUCGAAGAGAACAGUAGCAAGGCACCGAAGGCGAAGGCGAAGAGGAGAAACUCUUUGGAGAUGCUUCAGGAAGAUAUCAGAGAGAUGUUCAUCAGCGACGACGUUGUAGCAGCCACUGGCCACCGAUUGUGUCGCACGCAGAAGGAAAGUCAGCAGACUGGCACUGUUACGCCUGUUCCGGUGACGCCCACUAGCAAGAAGGACGAGUCCAUCAAGGAGACGACCUCGGACUGCGAAGAGCCUUCGGUGACCUCCUCCAAGAAGAAGACUGCCAAACCUCGACUCAACGAAAGCAUCGGUAAGGUCAAAGGCAGGGGCAGGAAGGAAGCGCAGCGAAUAACCCGGCAGCGAUCUAAGCAGUACACUCACAGUUCCGACAGCGAAGAAGAUCAACCGUUAGCUUUGCGAACCGAACUCGCCCAGAAUCCUACCACGUCGACCAGUCCGGACGAGGAGUCGGACACGCUGCGAAGAAGCAAACGUAUAAUUAACAAGGAAAUUAUCAAAGAACCUCGCGUCGUGGUCGAGAAGACAGACAUUUCCAAGCUGGAUUGUUCGAAGGUGAUGUUCGACAGUUCCUCCGACGAAAGCUUCGGCAUAGAUGUGUCCGAGCUUACAGCAGCGGUGGACAUCUCGCUGCGUCCGGACAAGAUUCCCGAACCGGAAGCAACGGAUAAGAAGAAGUCCGCUCCAAGUCCUUCGAAGAAGAUCGCGAAGAAAAAGGGCGGUUCCAGCGAGGUGGUCAGCGAGAGCAAAGACGACGUGUUCUCCGACGAAGAAAGUAUCAUUUCUGACGUGUCCAUGUCCAGCAGCGUCGCUUCGACGAAGAAAGUCAAUUCCGGUUCAACGAAAAUAGACGGCGGGACCAACGAGGAACUGCUCAGUAAUAUUUUGGUAGGAUUGGUAACUUCGAAGGCCGAGCUGAGCAAAGACGCCAAUGUAGCGGACAAAGGAAGCGACGCGGAUAUAGAUGACGACGUCAACGACCAGUUGCCCACUGAACAGAACGUCAAGAAGUCAUCGGCGAAGAAGAAGAAAAAGAAGUUCAACUGGCAGAUGGGGAUAUUAUCUAAGAAAAAGAGGAAGAAGGCUCCUGCGUCCUGUUCUUCCAAGGACUCUGAUCUUAAUAUUAGUUCCGAAAUGGAAACGUCCAGAGCAACCGACGACUCCAUAUCGGUAGAGAAAGCGAGCAGUGACAAUAAUUCACUGAACGAUAGCAAUCAGUGUGUCGAGGCGACACUCGAAGACAGUGUUAAAGAUAAGGAUACCGCUAAUGAAGAUCUUGAUGCUAUUCCGAAUGACACGGAAGCGGAUUCAUCGGAUUCCAAAAAUGAUAAGAAUAAGGCUCCGGUUACCGAGACGCUGCCGGAAAUUAAAGAUAGCGUCGUUGAAGUUGCCGUUACUAACGAGUCGAAAAGUCCAGCUAAAAAUAAAGUAGAAACAGACAAAGCUUUCGAUAAGUUGAAUAUAAAUAAAUUGAUAGAUUACGCGUGGACUGGGCAAGAGAGAUACAAAUGUUUGCUCUGCUUUUUCACGGGUAAAAACAUUGUGCAUCAUUACAAGCUUAAUCAUCCUGGUAAAGAGAUCCUUAUUUCAAGAUUGAAGCUCGCAGAUGCUCAACUUGCGAUUCAGGACGCGAAGGAUAAUGACGUAGAGAAUAUGUCGUUAAAGCCUCUGACGGAAGAAACGUUUAAAUUCCACUGCAGAUUCUGUUCCUUCUUUACAGAAGGCACUGCCAAGGUAGCGCUGGAAGCGUUUUAUGAACAUUGCACCACCCAUACUGGGGAGUACCGAUUCAGAUGCAAUACUUGCCCCUAUCAGGCCGUGGCGAAGUCUUCUAUGAGAACGCAUUAUUACAAAGUCUGCAGGAAGUUCAAGGAAACAUUCAAUGAAGCUAUAACCGAAGACGACAUACCCGAAGAAAACCGCGUGUACGGCUACCUGUGUUCGAGUUGCAACUACAUUCAGUUAAAGAAAUCAAAUUUGAUACAGCAUUUUGAAUUAUGGCAUAAGGAGAAUUCUGAAACUAGUGUCAUUAAGAUAGACAUGUCUCUUAACGUUGUUAAAAUAGAAUCUGCAGACGACGUGGUAAAUAAAAAUGUGAAGGCAGAAGUAUCUCGAUCAACUUCAGAAGGUUUGGAAGCGUCAGCGAGUAUCGUAAUAACCGACGUUGAACAGGAUGAUGUUAAUGUAACCGAAGUCCCUGUUGAGAAGGAUCAAGCGUGUCAGGUUAAAGAUAAGAAAACAAAAGAUUCAGCAGAGUGUAAGCCACAGAACAAUGAGGAGCAUUCGGAUGCGCCAUCCGAGUGCAAUGAAAAGAAGAAAUUGUCCACCCCGGAUGCAGAUUCCAAUUUGCCAACAGGAAAUUUGAGCGUGUUCGUUUGUCCACCGGAAUUAGAGAAAAAAGAAGUGGAAAUACAGUUGGAGAGGAAAAGAAAAAUGCAAGAAAUUAUUCAGAACAUUGGUAUCAAAUUGCAAAAGGAUGCGUCCAAGAAGGGUCUUUCUAUCAUAGACAAAUUGAAGGAUAAGAUGAAGACGAAUACAGUUGCAUCGACCAGUGAGAAAGAAUCUAAUAUUACUGCUAACGUUCCUAGUAAAAUUAGUACUAGCUCCACCACUUUGCCUGCUUCAGCGGAAUCUGAAAAUACUACUACAGAGUUAGCUUCUGUUUCCAAUGUUUCCGCUUCAGAGGAAGUAGAGAGAAAUCUAUCAUUGACUCAAGAUUCUUCGAAUAAGCAGUCUGACAGCUCUGUUUUAAGAGCGCAAUCAACAAAUGCGGAAAGUGAUUUUCAACCUGCCUCCGAAGCGGAUCAAACAGAUGUAAAAAUUAGAGAUCCCCUGAUAACGUUGGAUCAAAAGAAGAAUGAGGAGAUUGACACAGAAAUCAGUGAUAAUGACAAUGUCGGAUAUUCUGCUUCGGUGUACGAGUCUGAUUAUAGUAGCGAGCAAUCGGAUACAGAGCUACCCACAGAUGUAAACAUGCUUUUGAAGGAGACUUCCAACAUUAAUGCCUCUUCCAAGGAUCCAAUGCUUACAACCAUUCAAAGACUCGCUGCUCAGCUUCAAUCCGCAAAACCACUUGAAACAUGCAAAGAAGAGAGCUCGUUUGAACCUAUAGAAACCGCUGAGAAAGCGUUCUCAAUCUGUUCCAUUCCAAAACCACCGGAUGUAGUACCCAUGUCAAGUAUCAAACGAUUUGUGGGAAAAAUGGAAAACAAGUUCCAUGAAAUAUCAGCGGAAGGACACGACAAUGCUAAUCCACCCAAGAAUUUCAUUAGAUUAAGGCGACUGAGUGGUGACAUGUUGUCCGCAUCAACUCAGCUUCCAGGAUUUCAUGAAGAUGGACACUCUGUGAAACCCAGUGGAAUUACUGCUCCAGAUAAUAUGGAGAAUUUAUUAAAACCAGACGGAGAAGAGGAAUGUUCGUUUUUGAAAAUUGAGAAUGUAGUCAGUCUAGCGCCGAGUGUCGAUAACGAUAGCGUCGAGAGCCCUAUUAUAAACGAUAUUAGAAAAGCAGUAGAAACUUCUCCCAUAAAAAGCAAAGCCGUUUCCGUACUGAAGAAAUCCAAUGCGCCUCUGAUUUUGAAAAGAUUGAAUACCGUCACCAUCGCGCAACCGCUAACGAAAAAUAUUCAGACAAUGCAAUCUGCUGCAACAGAUACCGUGAAGUUGAUUCCAGUGAAGAGUCUAUCUCCCGUGCCAGUCUCCGUCACCACCACGCAGUUGUCCCCUGGUUUUAUUCCAAUCGCACCAAAGUCCAAAGUCAUUCAAGUUGAAAAUGCAUUGUCGUUUCCCCUUUCGGUAAACAAAAGCACAGUCGUGACACCGGUAACUACGCGCACUGUGAAUGUCGGAGCAUCGCCCCAAUCGUCCAAUCUGAAUUACAAAAUUCUGAAAGUGGUCCGAACGCCUACCAUUCUGAAACCCAAAGAUUCAGUGUUACCGUCCCCUGCGCUUAAAUUGAAAUCCGCGGACGCUUACAAUGCGAUGUUGAAGUCCUCUAAACUGUCUCAUUUGUACAAGUGUAUGGGACGCUUUUGUAACUUCACAACUGACGCGGUGGAACAAUACCAACAACAUUAUGCGCAACACGUAAGUGAGAAGAGUGGUCAGAAAGCACCACACGAUUAUCAGAAGUGUGCUUAUUGCUACAUGGUGUUGGAAGAUUGGCAUCAAAUGAAGACGCACAUAGAGGAUAAACAUUCACAUUGUCGUUAUCAGUGCGCUUACUGUUUUUACAGAGCGGUUACGCUUUCGUAUGUUCGGAUACAUCAGACCACGUCCCAUCCUGGUCUUCACGGUGUUCUGCUCGGUAAAUUAGCGAAAGAAGUGCCAGUGAAAGAGGAAGUGAAUAGACAUGAUUUUGUACAUCCUUAUGUAUGUCGACACGAUUGUAAUAGGUUGUUCUAUGUUCCGGAGUCCUUCAUGGGUCACAUAAAAAGCAAACAUUUGUUAUUGUUCUCUACUUUCAAAUGUCACGUUUGUCGUAUCGCAUGUCCGAAAAUUGAACAACUCAUGACGCAUUACAAGACCCAUGGGUUUUACAAAUAUCAGUGCCUGUAUUGCUUGCACGGAUCAGACACUUUAAACGACAUACACGUUCACUUAAGCUCGUGUCACUGUAACCGACUACCUCAAGUUUUGGAAAGAUCUCUUCCUCUACAGGCAUCCCCCAAAAAGAAUGUAAUAGAUCAAUUAAUUCUGAAGACACUGGACGAUGAUACCGAAGUGAUAGAGCUAGACAACAUUGGAAGCGAUAACAAAGAUUCGAUUGUAAUGGACACUGUUGCUGCAUCUCUUACUCGCAAAGCUUCGUACUCCCAAUUACCAGACGAUAUCAACAUGUUAGACAAAGAUGAGAACGAAGCGUUAAAUAAGUCGUUGUCAACUUUGUUUGUAUCUAGCAUAUCGAGCAUCGGUUCCCCUUCACAGGAAAAAAUGUCAACCAAAUCUUUUGACGGUACAAAGAGUGAUGCUCCAGGCGUUAAUUUAUUGGAUACUGCUAAAAUAAGUAGCAUUCUUUCCGAUAAAAAUACUACAAUGGAUCUUCCAGAGGGAAGCCUUGACUGCAACGAUGAAUUUGUAAAUAUAAAUCUACUCGAUAAUCCUGACUUCUUGAAAAACAUUAGCAGUCGUUCCAAUGGUGCGUCCCCUAUCGUUAACAUGGAUACAAAUGAAAGUAAAGCGGAGGAUAGUGAUAUUGAGAUUGUAGACAUUGUGGAAUCAGAGACCACUUCUUUGAAAAACGAUAAGGAUGUGUCUGAUUGUACUAAAGAAGAGAGCCCCGAGUUGACCAAAAAAGCCAAAACAGAUACUCCCAGCCUGGAAACUGAGAUGAAGGGGCAAUUGUCCAGUGAUACCGAGAAUUCGAACAAAUCUAUAGAAACUGUUGGCAGUUCCAAUAACGUAGCGAAGAAAAAUGACAAACCCUUAACACUGGAGGAUAUUAAGGACACAGGUUUUUCAGGAACAAAAUUAUAUAAAUGUGGUUAUGAAUUCUGUGAUUACGGUGCACAGAAUGCAAGCCAUUUGCGAACCCAUGUGAAGGAGUGUCCCCAACGGGGCGAAAAUAAAAAUUUGAACUGUGCUCACUGUAACAAGCGCUUCCUGAAGAUCGGAUUUUUAUUGGAACAUUUGAAAGUUCAUGGGCUAAAACGUUUCGGCUGUUCUUUGUGCAAAAUGAGGUGCACAGUGGGCUACCAAGCAAUAGCACAUAUGAAAGCGAAGCAUAGAGUUGCCACUAGUAAAUUAGUUCCAGCUGAUCCGAAGAACCCAUCUGUCGAUGGUUUAUUUAUUGUACAGCCUGUUACUCAAAGUGGGGAUAAGAAAGGAAAGAAACGUAAAAGUACAAAAUCUGUAGAAAAAGAAAACGAUAAGGCAGCGAGUGACAUGGAAAAAUUAUCCUUCAGUCCCGAUGAAAUAGAAGCCCUACCACGUCAGGCUAUAUAUAAUCGUGUAGUGCAAUGUGCCGUGUGUCCUUAUACAACUAAGGUACGAACAAACAUUAUCAGGCACUUGAAACUGCACAUGAAAGAUGAAACCGUACCGGAAAGUGGUCCGGUGAACCCUGUGCCUUGCUUAGACAAGAAAGAGCGAAUGUUUGACAAAAUGGUGAAUUUAGCCAGCAGUUCUCAUCAAAAUGGACGAAUGGGAGGAAAACCGAAAGAAACUAUUAAAGAUAACGACGACGAGUUUAUUCCGAAAUUCGUUCCAGAACAUAAAAGAUAUGUAUGCGGCGUGGCUGAAUGUAAUUAUUUAACAGUUGACGAAGCAAUGUUAAGGUGUCAUUUAAAAGCAUUGCACUCCGAAGAACAGUAUUUUCGAUGUCCCCACUGCCCUCAACCACCGCCAGGUCAAGAAGGAUUGAAUAUAGCGAUUGAUAAGAUGGCUGUUCAUUUGAAAAUGCAUGACACCAGACUUUACAAAUGUUCUCACUGUAAUCACCAUCACUACCAUAGACACGUUGUGGAAAGACAUCUAUCCGACAAACAUCCGGAAAAAAGACCUUUCGUUAAAGUGAUCAGAGAAUUGGAAUACACAGAGAAUAAUCAGUCUGCUCAAGAGGAAAACGAAGAAGAGAUUCCAGACCCAGACGGAAAUCACUGGAAAUGCAACAUUUGUGAUUAUAAAUGCGUGUAUAAGGCUGAGAUGGUAACUCAUGCUGCAACAGCCCACGAUGAAAAAUCCCAAUACAAGUGUACACUGUGCCCCUUUAAGACAAGUGGAAAAAUCAUGUUUGAACAGCACAUUAACAGUAAACACUCUAACGACCCCAACGUUGACUAUAUAUUAAUAUAUCAGCGGAUAAAAGGCGUGAACAAAAAGAGCGGAGAGAAUAUCGAGCAAAGUAGCCAGGAGGAACCCUUUGACACCACGCCCCUUUGGAGGAGGGAUAUGCCUAGAAUUAGACACAUCCGUGGAAUUCUUUUAGAAGAAGAGGGCGAAACAUCUGCAGAGUUAACAUCGAAAGCAGGGAAAAGAAAGAGCGACGUGGAACAACAACCUCCUAAAGCAGCGAAAAUCAAGCCAGGAAAAUCAAAUUCUCUAGACGACGCCAAGCCAGCGAAAGAAAAAUCUAAGAGAGUACUUUCUUGUGACAAAGCGCCGUUAGAACUAGAGAAUUCUAGUGAAACGCCUAACGCGCCGGAUAAAGCGAAAGAAACUAAAGUUAAAGUAGUUGAAGACAACGAUUCGAACGAGUUAGACGUGGGUAGAUUCGGUCCUUACGGUAAAGCUGAUGGCAAUAUGUAUGUUUGUACUCUAUGUACACAGUUUAAAACGAAGUACAAGCAUGAUAUGAGAGAUCAUCUUUAUAGAGAAUUAAAUUACGCGAGAUGGCACUGUAAGGAAUGUGGUUAUUUAUCAGUGAAUCGCAAUGCUUUGUUCAAACAUUUCACAAAACAUCACAAUGGUGAGCGAUCUCUCCACGAACCAUUGUCACCGGAUAAUGACAUUGAAGAAUGGGUUGGUACGUUAUUGGCAAAGCAAACGCUUAUGAUAAAAGCAUUUUUGGCCAAACAAAACGUAAGUGGUUCGGAUACUGGAAUUAAUUCUAAAGUAUCUGCUGCUAAAACUACUCAGCAUUCUGCUGCGAAAAGUACGAAAGCUGCGACUGUCGUCGAUAAGUCUAAUCCACAAGACGGUAAAGCUCAAGAGCCUGAUGUUGAUGUGGAGACAUUAGAGGAUACUGGUAAAGAUAACGAAGGUCUCAUUAUGGAUGAAAGUCCAGUAAAGAGUGACAAACCGGAAAACGUGGCAGAUGUCGAUACAGCUGCUGCGCCAGUGGAAGAGGAGCAGGAGAAGCCAUUAGUCUGUAAACACUGCAAAAUGACGUUUACACGAUGGCGUGGUUUCAAAUUGCAUGUACAGUUAACGCAUCUGAAGCGACUAGGGUUCUUGUGUCCGUAUUGUGACCGUAGCACCAAUUCAGAAAGUUUAAUGCGUCAGCAUAUACGUUCCAAACAUCCGGGUUGUCCAGAAAAAAUUGUUCAGAAUCCAGACGCCGGUGGACCAGAGUUAACAGAGGAAUUUUGGCAGAAAGAAUACGGAUUGGUGUUCCCGAAGAGAACCAAGAAACGCAAGAGGAAACUGAGCGAAGAGGCCGUAGAACAUGACAACAAUGAAGCCCAACAACCCGAGGCACAAGAGAAGUGCAACGUGUGUGGCUUUGCUGCUGUUAAUCUAGCUGGUCUGAAGGGACACAUGAGAGUACACGUCGCAUCGAAACAAAAAUUGAAAUGUACCUAUUGUCCUUUCACUUCUGGAACCAAAGCCGAACUUUGGAACCAUUUGGAAGUCCAUCAUCCAUUCAAAUCUGACGAUGCAGCGGCGUUCGAGUCGUCCAGUGAAUGCGACAGUAUGCAGUUGGAUAAGAAAGCUCGUACCGAUGACUAUAGCGAUGAUAUAGAGGAAGAACAGAUUUCUGAUUCGAAAGACGAUCAGCAGAUUUAUUACUGUUGCUUUUACUGUUCCUUCCGUAGCAAGUCUCUAGACGAGGUUCAGAGUCAUUGGAGUACGGCGCAUAAAGAAUCGAAAUUGUCCAGUGAACCAUCCAAGUUGAAGUCUGUCUAUCCAUUUAGGUACAAAGAAUUACAACUGUUGGACGAUGACUCCGCGAUGAAAUCUCAGUGUUCAAAGGCAGAAGAAACAGAGUCCUCGUAUGGACUGUAUUUGCAGCAGCAGUCGCAUAGCAAUGCAUCCGGAUUGAAGCAAGAAGGUUGGAUCUGCCAAUGGUGCGACGAACUGUGCGACUCUGAGGUGAAAAUGAAGACUCAUCAUGGAAUGUUCCACUCUCAUCUGCCAUUGAACUUCAAGAAACAAGAGAAAGCCAAAGGACUCAAGGGAUACGCGUGUCCGGAGUGCCCGUUCACAACUAGUUUCAUUAAUGUGAUGAAGAACCAUGUGUCUAAACAUAUAAACUUAUACAAGUGUAAAUAUUGCAACAAAACCUACAGUUCUCCAACACAGGUAUCUACACACAACACCGAAGAGCACCCUGGCAUGGAACUGAAGAUAGAAAGUAUACAGAACUACGAAUCGCUGUUAGAGAAAAUAAUGAAUAACGUGAAAUGGUUGAAGUCUAAUGUCGAGUAUCUUGAUAUUGAUCAGAAAGAACUUGUUAUAGAGAAACCAAAGAAUCACGCAGUAGCGAGGAAAUCUACAGCGAAACCAUCUAUUCGCACUAAUCUCAUUCCUUACAAAGUGAAGGCGGUUGCUAGGAAAAGUAUCAAUCCGUAUUCAAGAUAUAUUUCAUCUCCUAAGGCCAGUGAUAGACAACAGUUGCCCAAAACUAAACAAUUUUCAUAUUACGGCAUUCCUAAGAGUCCUGUUAAUCUGGCCAAGUUAAAUACAUAUAUGGUAGUUGGCGGUCAUCGAAUGAAGGUGAACUGUACCACUCUUUCGCAGCUGAUAAACAUUGAUCCGAAAGUAAUAUUGAGAGACAUUAAACAUAAGGCAACAGAUACAGUGACACUUAAGAAGUUAAAGUAAUUAAUGGGCGUAUAUACAAGGUAAUUCCCUUGGAUGCCAAGAAUGUAAAAAGAUAAAUUAAGUUUCACAUAGGAUUUAAAUUAAUAUGCAAUAUUUAUAUAUUUGUUCGUCGGCUAUUAUUAGUACAAUGCUUAACGAUAGCCAAAGUUCACAUACGGUAUCAUAUGACACUCUUCUGUAAUGGUACAUUGAAUUUUUAUAAAAUUCAAAAAUGGCACCGUAUUUGAACGGAAGAGGAUAAGCCUACAUGUAAUUCGCCUAUUAGCGUUAUUAAUCAUUUCUAUUUAUUCUUUUUCAAUUCAUUGCAACUUAGGACGUUUUCGAACCUUGAUACAUCACAUAUAUUUUGCAUUAUUCGAUAGUUGUACGAAAGAAGGUUAUUGUAAAGUGCAUAUUACUUACACACAGAAACACAUACGUGUAUCUAUAGAACAGACACUUGAUCGAUCAUAAGGAUAUAUCGUAUUAAAGAAGAGGAGGGUAAUUAAAUAAGUGUUAAGACGAGAGAAUACAUUGUGCUAUAUACCGGUGAAUGGGAGUUAAAACUUGAGAUCAAAACAGUAGUUAUAUAGUAUGGAAACUGUAAAUGUAUUUAAAUAUCGUAAGAUCCGUUAGUUGCGCGAGUUGAAGAAGCAAAUACUAAACUUAUUUAUUUUGGAAUAUAAUGAAGUUCCAUGGUAUAUAAACCGUAUCUUCUUACUUGAUCAAUAAUCACAUAUAAUAGAAUUACUUUGGAAUAAGUAAGUAAGUACUUACAAUGUAAGCACUGCCGAGUUUCGGCGAAGCGGGAUAAUCCGUGAAACUUUUUAAAUAUGAACAACUCUUGUGUCGAAUCGGAAUAUAAUCAUUUUCGUAAGUCAGAAAAUGUAGAGGUAAUCGAUAUCUGUGAUUUAAAUGUUAACAUGUAAAUUACAGCGCUUGUCGAUGUUAAAAGAGCAUUACCGAGUACCAAGUUACAUUAUUUCAUGUUACGAAAUGUUUAUAAUAUACAGUCAUUCGUAAAUCACAACUUUAAACGCAUAUUUCUAUUUAUUGUAAUUAAGAAGAAUGAAAUGUUUAAAUGACCAUUAUAGGAUGUUUUUUGUAGAUAAUAUCGAUAAACAUGAAAUUUGCAUAUUAACACUUACAUCGUGUAUAAUGAAGUGUUAUAAAGAUGAUUGUUUUGCGCGUAUAAAAUGUAUUUUUCACCGUAUAAUUUCCACCUUCAAUUCUUGAGUAUCAAGCAUGAGGUGGUGAACAGAAAAAAAAGUAAGACUGAAGAAGAGCGUUCUGUAAAUUACAGUAGGUUCUAUGCUAGUUUGUAAAUAACUGUAAAUAUGGUGUAACAUAAAAUUUCACAUAAAUAUUUUUGAUUUUUAUAAUAAAAUUGAUCGUCAUUUCUGACUGCACUUCUUCGUAAUGUGAAUUGAAAUGUUUCACGAGAAAAUAUUUUAAAUGUUUACUUGAAUUUUUUUAUUUAAAGAAUUGUACAAAGUUUGAUGCGAACAUUUCUUAUACUUGAAGAUCCAAUUUUCAGGAAGCUUACACAAUUAACAUGAAAUAAAUAUCUAUCACUUUCCUGUUCUUCAAUUUAAAAAUAGCACUUUAUUUGUUAUUUGGUGCAAUUCACUUGUGUUAUUCAAAAGCAUACAAAAACGUAAGAAUUAUGCGGAAGUUUCCAUAGACUUCGUGCAAACGAGAUGUUUAAAUUAGAUAUAAUAUAACUUCUAAUAUCCAAGAACGGGUUUUCAAUUAAGUAAUACUUAAAAGCGAUUUAGCCUUUCAGAGAUGACAACCCUGCUCUCAUUAUUUCAUCAACCAGAAGCAGGUUGCUGGCAAUAAUUGUGCUAAAAAUACAAAAAAAAUUAGUAUUACAACGAAAGUAACGAUCUAGAAUAAGUAAUGAACGUUAUUUAAUUAAACGCACUUACCAUGAAUUAAUAAUUUGUUUCUUUACGUUAUAAUUAUCGUAAAUUCCAGCGUCAGCAGGUUUUAAUGCUUCACCUGUUGAAACGUCUAAUCCAACCGCUUCGCCCAAUGUAUUUCUUUCCUCAAAUAAUUUCACAAUUGUGUCUUGUGCAUCGAAUCCGCUAUUUAUAGCUAAACAUAUAAGAUAAACAGUGCUAAAUCUACAGAUUAAAGUAAUUAAUAACUGAUAUAAAGAAAAGUAUAUAUUUAUAAUAUUACCAAGGUAUUUUGGAAUGAUGAGUAAUGCUUCGGCAUAAGCUUGCACACCCAGACGCUGUUUUCCUUUUACUGUUUCUUUGUACUGUUGAAGUUCCUGACUAGCAGCAACCUCGAAAGCUCCAGCACCGGGAAUAAUAGCACGAUCGUCAAUAGCAUU